GCUGACCCCGGCCCCGGCGCCCGGCGCCGUGGCAGGGGCCCCCCGGCUGGGGGGCAGCCGCCUGCUGCCCUGCUGCCCCUGGACCUGCCGCCGGGCCGUGACCGGGAGCACAGUCUGCAGCUCAGCCGGGGUGGGAGCCUGCGCCUGGCUGCUGAGUACGACCCCUCCAAUGCCCGGCUGCGUGUGCGGCUCAUCUCUGCUGAGGACCUCUACGACGCCCUCGUCGACCUGCGCAGCAUCAACUGCUGUGUCUCCCUGGACCUGCCGCCGGGCCGUGACCGGGAGCACAGUCUGCAGCUCAGCCGGGGUGGGAGCCUGCGCCUGGCUGCUGAGUACGACCCCUCCAAUGCCCGGCUGCGUGUGCGGCUCAUCUCUGCUGAGGACCUCUACGACGCCCUCGUCGACCUGCGCAGCAUCAACUGCUGUGUCUCGCUGUGCCUCAACCCCGGGAAGCUGCAGAAGCAGCGCAGCACCAUUGUCAAGAACAGCCGCAACCCCGUCUUCAAUGAAGACUUCUUCUUCGAUGGGCUGGGCCCUGGCCAUGCCAGGAAGAUGUCCCUGAAGCUCAAGGUGGUCAACAAGGGCAGCAGCCUUAAGCGGGACACACUGCUGGGGGAGAAGGAGCUGCCGCUCACCACCCUCCUGUCCUGCCUGUAG